AUCAAAACACAGGGGAGUAAGUAUCUCGCAAAACUAUAUAGGUACAUUGUUCAUGGGUGAUAUUUAACAACACUUUGAGCUGAUAAUUCACGACAGUAUCAAUUCAGCGGUAGCGCUAAUAUGACGGAAGAAGAUGAAAAAUACGUGUUCUACGGCGGUUCCACCGAAGAGAGUGUGGAAUCCGACUGCCGUUCGCUAGGAGAGCUUAUUAUCAAACGGUUGCGUGGAAAUGGAGACGAUGUUGUAUUCACGGACGCUGUUACCGGUGAUUCUUAUACCUAUAGUGACAUUUUGGAGCAGUCAGUUCGGCUAGCGAAUAGGUUUCAUCGGAUUGGAAUCAAGAAAAAUAACGUCGUUGCGAUCAUGAGCGAGAACGGAAUCGAACAUGCCAUAGUGUCUUUCGCUGCAAUCUACAUGGGUGCAAUACCACUUUUGUUGAAUCCGGCAUACACUGCCACAGAACUCGAACACAUACUAAAAUUAUCUAGUCCAAAAGCGAUCUUCGUAUCAACAACUGCUAUACAAACCUUGCAAACAAUGUCCACCAAGAUUCCAUCUAUCAAAAUGAUCAUAUUGAUCGGAUCAAAAGAUAGACCAAACCAACGCGUUACUCUGUUCAAAGAACUUUUCGACCGCAACAAAUUGAAAAACGCUAAAUUCUUUACUCCUCAACCGGUAAAUUUGAAAGAUCAAGUUGCCCUAAUGGUUCUUUCGUCUGGAACAACAGGACUUCCCAAAGCAGUCCAGUUAACCCACUACAACCUGAUGGCAGUUCUGGCGUACAUUCGCGAGAAUUUGAAGUACAUUCAGCUGCCGUUAACAUCUCGGGGGCUGGCUAUUCUACCAUUUUUCCACAUCUACGGUUACAUGCUGCUUCUGAGUGCAUUCUGUAAUAAACAAGAAAUUGUAAAUCUGCCAAAAUUCGAACCAAAAUUAUUUCUAUCUACUAUUCAAAAGUACAAAAUCACCGGUGUAGGAUUAGCACCACCUUUGAUGGUGUUUCUAGCCAAACAUCCCAUGGUCGAUCAGUAUGAUCUUACUUCACUCAUUAUGAUUGGCUGUGGUGCGGCCCCUCUCAGUAAAGAAAUCGAGGAAAUGGUCCUGAAACGACUCCCGAAUUUGCAGAUAAUCCGCACAGGCUACGGGUUGAGUGAGACCACGCUCGGUGUGCUAACAAGAAUGACCGGUAAAAAUGGCAGUGUUGGUCGAGUGAACCGUAUGUGUUGGGUAAAAGUGACAGACGUGGCCACCGGAAAAACACUAGGACCUAACCAAGUGGGCGAAAUCUGCGUCAAAGGACCGAUGGUUAUGAAAGGUUAUUUGAACAACGAAAAAGAAACUCGAUCGGUCAUCGAUGCAGACGGUUGGCUGCACACAGGAGAUACCGGGUACUUCGAUGAGGAUGAGGAUUUUUUCAUUGUAGAUCGUAUCAAAGAUUUAAUCAAGUAUAAGGGCUUCCAGGUUCCUCCAGCUGAGGUAGAGGCAGUUCUACUUUUGAACGAGGGGAUCAAGGAUACAGCAGUGAUUGGUAUACCGGAUGAAGUUAGCGGUGAGCUUCCGUUAGCUUUCGUGGUUCUUCAGCCAGGGGUAAAGCUAACCGAGGAGGAAAUUAAAACAUGGGUUGCGAAUCGUUUAUCUAAGGCAAAACAUUUACACGGAGGGGUACGAUUCGUCGCUGAUAUACCUAAAACAGCAAGUGGAAAAAUCUUGCGCCGUGAGUUGCGGGCUAUGGCAAGAAAGUCAAAGUUGUAACAGGUUUUUCAGUAAAGGACAACACAAUCUGAUGAUAAGAUGGAUUACUUCUAUCGCAUUUUCCUAUUCAGCGUUUGAUUUACAGACCAAAUUUAAAAUACUGAUAAACACAAAACAAUCUUAAAAUGAUUGGGCAUUUUUUAAGAAACAAAAUUGUUUGCCAACUGACAAGUGAACGUCAGCAAUAAAUGAUAACAAGUACAAACAAGAAA